CCUGAGUGAGUCCUGAGCCGUCACCUGAUUCACCUCUCUCUCUCUAUUUCCCUCCCUCCCUCCCUUCCUCCGAGGAUGUUGAGGUCGAUUCUGGGUAGCAGCUCAAGGGCCAAUGCCCGCAGAUCAGUUUCGAUCUUCCUUGGGGCUUCAGCUACUCAUUUUAGGGCUGCCCAUUCACUGUCUUUUGCCACCUUGGAUGCAGAAGAAACAUCUGGUUCCAAACCUGCUGAAGUAUCUAAUUUGGUGCAGGGUAAGUGGCACAGUACAUCAAGUCAUAAUACAAUCUUGGAUCCCUUAAAUGGUGAACCCUUCAUUAAAGUUUCCGAUGUAGAUGAAACGGGAAUUAAGCCAUUUGUGGAGAGCUUGUCAAAAUGUCCAAAGUAUGGACUUCACAAUCCUCUAAGGUCUCAAGAGAGGUAUCUUUUGUUUGGAGAUAUAUCUGCAAAGGCUGCUUCUAGACUUGCUGACCCAGAGGUCGCACACUUUUUCACAAGACUCAUUCAAAGGGUUUCACCUAAGAGUUAUAAACAGGCGCUUGCUGAGGUUCAAGUUACACAGAAAUUUUUGGAGAACUUUUCAGGUGACCAGGUGAGGUUCUUGGCAAGAUCUUUUACUGUUCCUGGUAAUCAUCUUGGGCAGCAAAGUAAUGGUUUUCGUUGGCCUUAUGGUCCUGUGGCAAUCAUUACCCCCUUCAAUUUUCCGCUGGAGAUCCCAGUCUUGCAAUUAAUGGGUGCACUUUACAUGGGGAAUAAACCUAUUCUGAAAGUUGAUAGCAAGGUGAGUGUUGUGAUGGAGCAAAUGCUUCGGCUUCUUCAUGAAUGUGGCUUGCUUAUGGAAGAUGUCGAUUUUAUCAACACAGAUGGAUUUGUCAUGAAUAAGGUUUUAUUGGAGGCAAAUCCACGAAUGACUCUUUUUACUGGUAGCUCAACAGUAGCUGAAAGACUGGCUGUUGACUUGAGAGGCCGCAUCAAAUUGGAAGACGCAGGUUUUGACUGGAAAAUACUUGGUCCUGAUGUUCAAGAGGUGGACUAUGUGGCUUGGGUUUGUGAUCAGGACGCAUAUGCUUGUAGUGGUCAAAAGUGCUCUGCACAAUCAAUUCUGUUCAUGCAUGAGAACUGGAAUUCCAGCGAUCUUGUAUCCAAAUUAGAGUCACUUGCUUCAAGAAGAAAACUGGAAGAUUUGACAGUUGGCCCUGUCCUUACUGUGACAACUGAAAGAAUGCUAGCACACAUGAAAAGAUUGCUUGAGAUUCCAGGUUCAAAGCUGUUGUUUGGAGGACAACCUUUGGAAAACCACACCAUUCCAGAAAUAUAUGGAGCAAUUAAGCCAACUGCUGUUUUUGUUCCACUCAGUGAGAUGCUUAAGAAAGAUCACUUUGAGAUUGUGACAACAGAAAUAUUUGGGCCUUUCCAGAUAAUCACUGAAUAUAAAAAUGAUGAGCUCCAGAUGGUAUUGGAUACUUGUGAGCGUAUGCAUGCUCAUCUGACUGCAGCAGUUGUCUCCAAUGACCCUCUGUUUCUGCAGGAAGUUCUAGGUAAAUCUGUAAAUGGGACGACAUAUGCUGGAAUUAGAGCAAGAACAACUGGAGCUCCACAGAAUCAUUGGUUCGGCCCAGCUGGUGACCCUCUUGGUGCUGGAAUUGGGACCCCGGAAGCUAUAAAACUAGUUUGGUCGUGCCACAGAGAGAUCAUAUAUGAUAUAGGCCCUCUUCCUUCCGAGUGGGAAGUGCCACCAUCUACCUAAUCUGCAGAACUCUUUGCCUUCUCGAGCGCUAAAUCCGGAGUCUGGUUUGUCAGUUAUGAGCAUUUCCGUUAACUUCUCGAAAGCUUUUCCAGUAGGGUUGCAUUCCUAGGCCAACCAUGAUGACUGACAUCUUCAGAUCUGAUAGUUUGCAAACCCUGCUGAUAAGUUCCCCCGGCUGUUAUUCUUUAGUUGGUAUGCAUUGUAAACUGUGGAUGUGGAUGUAAACGGUUGGGUCCAGGUCAGAUGUAGCCAGUACUGCGUUCAAAUAAUCGAGGCUAAUGUUUAGAGUUGGGAAUUUGCUUUCGAGUAUGUGAAAUGCAAUUACUAGAUCUGAAUCUUGCCAUCAGAGAAAUUCUGAGUAUAUGAAAAUUUUGUGAACUGAUUAAUUGUUUAAUGAACUCAAAUGACGGUUCAAAGUUUGUAUAAAGGUACUUCUAGGAAAGGCGUAGUUUGUACUUUGAAACAUGUGGAACGUUGUAAAUCUCUAAUGAAUCAUCAUUCACCUUGAUCAGAUUUAUAAUUAGCUUA